UCAUCCCAGCAAUACGGUGCUGUAGAUGUUUGUCUCAAUGGUGCUUGGGGUAGUAUUUGUAGUGAUUACUGGGAUAACAACGAUGCCAGUGUCAUAUGCAGGCAGCUAGGAUAUUCUCCUUACGGUGCAUUGGGUCCUGCUGUUACACAAACAUCAUCCUCUACCCCAUCUCAUAAUAUCAUUGACCUUAACUGUACUGGCCAAGAGAGCAGUAUACUGGACUGUCCCUUUAAUGGACUGAUUGGCCAAUAUUCUUGCUCUAACACAAGAGAUGCUAAUGUGUAUUGUCAAGAUUCAAACUUAGUUACGUAUAAUAACUGUACUGAUGGACAAAUGAGAUUAGUGAAUGGUUCUAACGAGUAUCAAGGGAGAGUUGAAGUGUGUGUGAAUAGUGCUUGGGGUACAGUUUGUUCUACUAGCUGGUCCAGCACUGAUGCUAAAGUUGUUUGUAGAUACAUGGGAGCACUAACAAUUGGUUACCAAUAUAGUAGUGUCACCACUUAUGGUUUUAACUAUGGUCAUGGGCCAAUACUUUUGGGAUAUCUUUAUUGUUCAGGACAGGAACAAUCUUUGAUUGACUGCAAUCAAAAUUAUUAUUCAACAAACUCUGCUUNCACUUGUAAGCAACAUAGAUAUGAUGCUGCUGUCAUAUGUGAAC